AUGGCGAAGCCGACUAGUAAGAGCAAAAAGGACACAAAGCAGUAUACCUUCACAAGGAGGCCAAUUUUCAACAUCCACCAUUCGGCUGACCCGCUGUUUGCUGCAAAAUGUCACCCCAGUGAACCGGUCUUCGUAACAGGAACAGCCACAGGUCACGUACAGGCCUACAGAUAUGAUAUUGACAAGUUGGAGGAGAUCUACGAGGACCAGGACAAGUUCCCCUACGACGUGAGCUGCGUGAAGUACGACGACUUCGACGACGACUCGAUAGUGGUUCAAUGGCACACCAAAAGACACAAGAAGUCAUGCCGUGACUUGUGCUUCGACCUCCCCUCGGGCGGAGACAAAAUAUACACGCUUGGUUCAGAGGGCGUUAUCAAGUCUGCCGACUUAAAAACAGGCCAAGUAGUCUCGAAAUUCUCUUGUGACAAGGACAACAGCUACGACUUCCAAAUCGGGACUUUCACCAAGUGUGUCAGUCCCCCGGGGAAGAACUUCUUAGUUGUCGGCGACGAAGAGGGCAACCUCAUGUGUCACGACACCAGAGGAAAACAUCUCCAACUUGCCUACAAGCCGUUCAGGAAGCUACACUCAGGAGAGGGAAUCAACUCUAUCAACUACUGCUGGCCCAAAAGCGAAUACAAGUUCAUAACUACCGGCAGCACCACGGUGUGUGAGGUGGACUUGCGGAAACCAGAGGAACCGUUGCACACAAGUGAGGACCAGGAGGACGAGGUCCUCUGCUCAACAUGGCUCGACCAGGCGAAGCAGGAAACCAUGAUUUGCGGGAUGGGCGACGGUAUUGUGACGACGUGGAAGCCCGAGAUGAACAGAUGGGAGGACCAGAUCAGCAGAAUCCGGGUUGCAAAGAACGAGACCGUCGAGAGCCUCAUCAGCGCCAUGGACUCCGACUCCCGUUUCAUGUACGGGGGUUGCUCGAACGGCCACAUUACCAAGAUCGACAUCAAGGGCGGCAAGGUCGUCGAGAGGUUCUUACAGAACGACCCCGAGGACGACGACAAGGUCGACGAGGUGCUAGGCCUAGACUUGGACUGCAACUACCGACUCGUCAGUUUUGGAACCGACGGGUUCAAGAUCUGGGAAGAGGAGUCUAAGAACGGCGGCUUUGGAGACGAGGACGAGGACGAGGACGAGGACGAAGCAAGCGGCGACAGCGACAGCGAUGGCGGUUUUGUGUCUGGCGCCAGCGAUUCCGGGGAAGAGGAGGCCGAGAACACAGUGGAAAUGACACUUCCAGUCAAGCUUCCAGCCAAGCGGUCGCUUGCUGACUCCAUGAAGCGCCGAAUGGAGGGCACAACCAGCACAUCCAGCAAGAAAAGCAAAACUGACCCUAUACUGGAGCGGGAAGAGCCCGAGGGGCAGGACGAGUCCGAUAUCGGCGUGGAGGUGGAGGACAGCGAUGACGACGAGACGGAGGACAGUGGCCGUGCACGCCAAGGCAAGACUGUCGAGCUCCACGAGAUCAGAGACCAGAUCCUGGCUCGGAUCAGCAACCCAGAGAUCGACGGUGGCGACGAGGCCAAGCGGGGCAAGAAGGCCGGCAAGGAGAAGAAGAAGGGCAAGGGGGCUGCCCCACACGAACACGGUAUCCGCAAGUUCGACGACCUCUAG